GUCUGUGCAGGACUGUGGAGACAAGUGUCGGCUGUUGCAGGCUUUUUAUCUGGGUCUCUGAGACAGUGACAAGGCUUCACCACCUGUGUUGAAAGAGGGAUUUCACAGCAUGGCGUUAAACCUCAUCAUCAACACAAGCAAUCCGCCUCUAGGAGCGCUCCUGGCAGCAGAGUAUGUGAAGGGGAGCGUGCAGCUGUCAGUAGAGGAAGGCAAAGACACCCGGCUCCACGUCUCAGAUGCAGUCCAGUUCAGUGAUGCCAGUUCUAUCAGUCGCUACCUGGCCCGUGUGGCUCCCGCCCUCGGCCUCUAUGGAGCCAACAUGAUGGAGCAGACUGAGGUGGACCACUGGUUGGAGUUCAGUGCACGGCGUCUGUGUGGUCAGCCUGGUUUCACUGUGGCACUGGGUGAACUGGAUAAAGCCCUUUCCCUGCGCACCUUCCUGGUCGGACAUGCCCUCACCCUGGCUGAUCUGUCCAUCUGGGCCGCCCUCAAAGGUCAUGGCGAAUGGCCCAGCCAGGGCAAAUCCUUCUCUCACGUCAACCGCUGGUUCUCUUUCUUGAGCUCACAAGUUCCCUUCACUUCUGUGGGUGGCAAGUACGCCUCCAAGAAAGCUCCAGUAAAAAAAUCCAGUUCUGAGGAGGAGAAGAAGAAGGAUGUUGGCAAGUUUGUGGAUUUGCCAGGAGCUGAGAUGGGCAAAGUGGUGGUUCGAUUCCCUCCUGAAGCCAGCGGAUAUCUGCAUAUCGGCCAUGCCAAGGCUGCUCUGCUCAACCAGCACUACCAGGUCACAUUUAAAGGCAAGCUCAUCAUGCGCUUUGAUGACACCAACCCUGAGAAGGAAAAGGAGGACUUUGAGAAGGUGAUCCUGGAAGACGUCUCUAUGCUCCAGAUCCAUCCAGACCAGUUCACCUACACCAGCGACCAUUUCCCCAUCAUCAUGAAAUUCGCAGAGCAGCUUCUCACAGAGGGCAAGGCCUACAUCGACAACACGCCUCCAGAGCAGAUGAAGCAGGAGAGGGAGCAGCGUACCGAGUCCAAAUGCAGAAAUAACACCGUGGAACAGAACAUGAAGAUGUGGUCGGAGAUGAAAUCCGGUACAGAGUUCGGGCAGACCUGCUGCAUGAGAGCCAAGAUUGACAUGAGCUCCAACAACGGCUGCAUGAGAGACCCCACCCUCUACCGUUGCAAGAACACCCCCCACCCUCGCACAGGAAGCACAUACAGAGUUUACCCAACGUAUGACUUCGCCUGCCCCAUCGUGGACAGUUUGGAGAGUGUGACACACGCUCUGAGGACCACAGAGUACCACGAUCGCGACGAGCAGUUCUACUGGAUAAUCGACGCCCUGCGCCUCAGGAAGCCCUACAUUUGGGAGUACGCCCGCCUCAACCUCAACAACACAGUGCUGUCCAAGAGGAAGCUCACCUGGUUUGUCGACCAAGGAUACGUCGAGGGAUGGGAUGACCCUCGCUUCCCCACCGUCAGAGGAGUGCUGAGGAGAGGAAUGACUGUGGAGGGUCUCAAACAGUUCAUAGCUGCUCAGGGUGGAUCAAGGUCAGUGGUUAACAUGGAGUGGGACAAGAUCUGGGCCUUCAACAAGAAGGUUAUCGACCCCGUCGCCCCCAGAUACACAGCUCUGUCCAGCUCCUAUGUGGUUCCUGUUUCUGUCCCAGAGGCUACAGAGGAGAUGAAGGAAGUGGUCAAACACCCUAAGAACACAGAUGUGGGCAUGAAAGAGGUUUGGUAUGGACCCCGGGUUCUGGUGGAGGGAGCGGAUGCUGAGACGUUCUCAGAGGGAGAGAUGGUCACCUUCAUCAACUGGGGCAACCUCAUCAUCACCAAGAUAAACAAAGGCGCCAACGGCAAGGUUCUGUCCAUGGAGGCUCGUCUGAACCUAGACAACAAAGACUACAAAAAGACCACGAAGAUCACUUGGCUUGCCGAAACGGGCACAGCACCCCUGCUGCCCACCGUGUGCAUCAACUACCAGCCCCUCAUCUCUAAAGCCGUCAUCACCAAAGACGACGACUUCAAAGACUACAUCAAUAAAAACAGCAAGUUGGAGGAAAAGAUGCUCGGAGAUCCCUGUCUGAAGACCCUGAAGAAAGGUGACAUCAUUCAGCUCCAGAGGCGAGGCUUCUACAUCUGUGACCAGCCCUAUGAGCCUGUCAGCCCCAACAGCUGUAAGGAGAGUCCCUGUAUCCUGAUCUACAUUCCUGAUGGUCACACUAAGGAGAUGCCGACUGCCGGAUCUAAGGACAAGACCAAGAGUCAGGCCCCCAGCAAAACGCCUGCCUCCGCUGCCAAAGCUGCCAAGGCUACCAAAGCUGCCCCAACCUCAGCCCCAGCACCUGCCUCAACCUCAACCGGUGACGUGUUCUCAAGCAUCGUAGCUCAGGGUGAAGCCGUCCACCAGCUGAAGACUGCCAAAGCUCCAAAAGAAGAAGUGGACAAAGCGGUUCAGCAGCUGCUUUCUCUAAAGGCUCAGUUUAAGCAGCAGACAGGUAUGGACUACAAGCCAGGCAUGACUCCUCCCACCUCCGCCCCAGCUCCACCCGCCUCAUCAUCUGAUUCCGCCUCCUGCCCAUUCACCCGCGUAGCUGAGCAGGGCGAGCUGGUCAGGAAGCUGAAGGCAGAGAAAGCACCCAAGGACCAGGUUGAUGCAGCGGUGAAGCAGCUUCUCGCUCUCAAGGCGGAGUUUAAAAAGCUGACUGGUCAGGAUUACAAACCAGGGAUGGCCCCGACCACUCCCGCCUCCCCUGCGACCACCACCACAACUACCACCACCACUACCACCACCUCCUCCUCCUCCAACUCUUCUUCAGGCCUGUACGAGCGCGUUUCACAGCAGGGAGAGGUUGUGAGGAAACUGAAGUCUGAAAAAGCCCCCAAGGACCAGGUUGACGCUGCAGUCAAACAGCUGCUCGCACUUAAGGCAGAGUACAAGCAGGCCACCGGCCAGGACUACAAACCAGGAGCAGCACCAGUCCAGAACACCGCAGCUCCAGCUCCUGCCAAGAGCAGCCCCAGCUCUGCCCCCGCUGCCACCGGCAUCUACGAGAAGGUUGCCGAGCAGGGAGAAAUGGUCAGGAAGCUGAAGACUGAAAAAGCCCCUAAGGAUCAGGUAGAUGCAGCAGUGAAGCAGUUGUUGGCUCUAAAGGCAGAGUACAAACAGCAGACCGGAAAGGAUUACAAACCAGGGUUACAGACACCAGCUAGCCCUGCAAAGACCCAGUCCAGCUCUGCCUCAACCCAGUCUAGCUCUCCCCCGCAAGCCCAGGAGCUGUUCUCCCAGGUUUCCCAACAGGGAGAUCUGGUGAGAAAGUUAAAGUCUGAGAAAGCUCCCAAGGACCAGGUGGAUGGUGCAGUGAAGACUCUACUGGAACUGAAGAACAAGUACAAGUCGCUCACCGGACAGGAGUACAAACCAGUGGCUGCUGCCGGAGCCGCUGGAGGAGAGGACAAAAACCGCAAGGAGAGGGAGAAUAAGUCUGAGAAACAAGGAGGAGGAGGAGGAGGGAAGAAGGGGAAAGGAGACAAAGGCGGCCAGGGCAAGGAGUCUUCUGGAGGAGCAGGAGGAGCAGGAGAGGGUCAAGGACCUAAGAAACAAACACGGUUGGGACUGGAAGCCAAGAAAGAGGAAAACCUGGCUGACUGGUACUCUCAGGUUAUCACUAAAGCUGAGAUGAUUGAGUACUACGAUGUCAGCGGUUGCUACGUGCUACGGCCCUGGUCCUUCGCUAUCUGGGAAUCCAUUAAAGACUUUUUCGACCGGGAGAUUAAGAAACUGGGAGUGGAGAACUGCUACUUCCCUAUGUUCGUUUCUCAGGCCGCUCUAGAGAAGGAAAAGUCCCAUAUUGAAGAUUUUGCUCCAGAGGUUGCCUGGGUGACCCGGUCAGGGAAGACCGAGCUGGCAGAGCCUAUUGCAGUCAGACCCACCAGUGAGACAGUGAUGUACCCAGCCUACGCCAAAUGGGUGCAGUCCCACAGAGACCUGCCAAUCAAACUCAACCAGUGGUGUAACGUUGUGAGAUGGGAGUUCAAACACCCGCAGCCCUUCCUGAGGACAAGAGAGUUCCUCUGGCAGGAGGGACACACAGCUUUUGCUACGAAAGAGGAAGCAACUGAGGAGGUGAUGCAGAUACUCGACCUGUACGCCAGAGUGUAUGAAGAGCUGAUGGCCAUCCCCGUGGUGAAGGGAAGGAAGACAGAGAAGGAGAAGUUCGCAGGAGGAGAUUACACCACCACUGUAGAGGCGUUCAUCUCCGCCAGCGGCAGAGCCAUUCAGGGUGCUACAUCCCACCAUCUGGGUCAGAACUUCUCUAAGAUGUUCGAGAUUGUGUUUGAGGAUCCUAAGAAGCCUGGCGAGAAGCAACUGGCUUACCAGAACUCCUGGGGUAUCACAACCAGGACCAUCGGUGUCCUCACCAUGGUCCACGGAGACAACAUGGGACUCGUACUGCCACCCAGAGUAGCCUGCCUGCAGAUUGUCAUCAUCCCAUGUGGCAUCACAGCGUCUUUGCCAGAGCAGGACAAGGAGGCACUGAUGGCCCAGUGCUCCAAAUACCUGAGCAGGCUGCUGGAGGCUGGUGUCAGAGUGAAGACUGACCUCAGGGACAACUACUCCCCAGGAUGGAAGUUCAACCACUGGGAACUCAAGGGCGUUCCCAUCCGUCUGGAAGUGGGUCCCAAGGAUAUGCAGCAGCGUCAGUUUGUCGCAGUGAGGAGAGACACAGGCGAGAAGGUGACUAUUCCAGAGGCCGAGGCAGAGAAGAGGAUGCUCACCAUGUUGGAGGACAUCCAGAACAGCAUGUUCAAUAAAGCUUCAAAUGACCUGAACACUCACAUGGUGGUAGCAGACACUAUGGAACAGUUCCAGAAGGAUCUGGAUCAGGGCAAGAUCGUCCAGAUCCCGUUCUGUGGAGGAAUUGAGUGCGAGGAUUGGAUCAAGAAAACCACUGCCAAGGACCAGGACCUGGAGCCUGGAGCGCCAUCUAUGGGAGCUAAGAGUCUCUGUAUCCCCUUCUCACCCCUGAAGAAUCUGCAGCCUGGUCAGAAGUGUGUCAGCGGCAAGGAAGACGCACAGUAUUACACCCUGUUUGGACGCAGCUACUAAAGAUCUGCUUCACUGGAGCACAAGGACGACCAUCGCAGUAGAAAAGGGCUUUCCUUCCCUCUCAUGUAUUUCUUCUUUUCUGAUCUCUUGUGGGUGACUGGACUGUGGGAUUUAGAACGGGGAAUAUGGUUAUUUUGUGUUUUUGUUUUUUAACAUAUGUUGUCAUUGUUAUCAUGAUGCUGACAGGAAGUGGAGUUGAGAUAACAUGGUAUGUAGCACUGUUUCUUUCCUACAUGACUGAUACCUCUCUAAAGGCCAUGUCAGAGAACACUCACUGUCCAGCUGCGGUUUGUGAUAGGAUUGAAAUACAGAAACGAGGCAAAUAUUAAAUCUUGCCAUUGUCCCACAGUCGCUGACAUGUAAUGAAUCAACUUUUAGAGUUCAUCGAAACGUGACUGGUUAAAUUGUUAAAACAGCUGCUGGAUUUUGGAAACCACUUUAAGAAUUUCUAUAUUUUUAUAACUCCCUACUGACACAGACAAAAAAAAACAACUCACAUUUUUGUUAUUAGUUUUCGCUCUACAUUCAUGAAAUAAGCGGGUUUUAUGACACAUGGGAUUUUGAAAUUUGGCAAAACUGUCAAACAAGCACUGAAGAGAAUAUUUACUGAGAAACAUACCGUCUGCCAGUGUCUGGGGAACAUUACACUCAGCCUGCCAACUGUCUCAGGUUCUCUGCGGGUAUUCAGGCUUGUUGCUGUAUUCGCACAGCUUUAUAGACCCUCCUCCGUCUGUAUAACUGGUUAUGUGGCUCAUGGCUCACAGCCUAAUGCAACUCUUUCAGAUCCACCACAGCCAAAUGAUGAACAGCUGUGAUGAACUGGUUGAUAACUGUUGAUGUAACCUUCUGUCACCCCUAUUCCAUUAAACUACCCUACACCUUGUCUAUAAUAAAGUUAUUUACAUGGCUAA